CGCAGACUCUAGAAUCUUCAAAUGUUCAAACCCCAGAAGUCAGAACAAAGAAAAGAAGUAAAAAAUGCCACUGCUUCAUUCUAGCGCCAGGCUCUCUGCUCCUCUCAGCCCCCACCGCUUUCGUCUCCUUCCUUCAACCUACAUACUCGUCAACCUCACCACAACAGGCAAAACUUUUAUUACCACCAUGGCCUUUUCCUCUUCCUCUUCUUCUUCUUCAUCGAAAGCACGUUCCGAAGAAGACCCACACGACGAGAACCUCUUGCAGGCCCUCAAAUACCACCAGCAGACCAAGCACGCGUAUGACAAGUACGCCCGAGGCCCCCACGGCCUCGACUGGGCCAACCAGCCUAACCCUUUUCGUCGCUACCUCUCUGCCCCUCUCCUCCCUCUCCUUCACUUCCCCACCAACACCAACACCGAAACCGAAAACCCAUCACCAUCUGAUGCUCCUCUCUACUCCUCUGUCUUCCUCUCUCUCCCUCCUCCCAAACCCAUUUCCCAUUCCACCAUUUCCCAAUUCUUCUACGACUCUCUCGCUCUCUCCGCUUGGAAAACCGCUAGCUACUCCACCUGGUCUCUCCGUGUCAACCCCAGUAGCGGCAAUUUGCACCCCACCGAGGCUUAUAUCAUCGCCCCACCGAUCGAUUCCCUUUCUACUUCACCUUUCGUCGCGCAUUACGCUCCCAAAGAGCAUUCUUUGGAACUCAGAGCCGAAAUCCCAUCUGGGUUCUUCCCAAAAUUCUUCCCCCAGAACUCAUUUCUCGUCGGGCUCUCAUCCAUUUUCUGGCGCGAGGCCUGGAAGUACGGCGAGCGCGCCUUUCGGUACUGCAAUCACGACGUCGGCCACGCUAUCGCCGCGGUGACAAUGGCCGCGGCGGGCCUCGGCUGGGAUGUGCAGCUUCUGGAUGGGCUUGGAUACGAGGAGCUGAAGAAGCUCAUGGGGCUUCAAUGUUUUCCAGAAUUCAAAUUCCCCUCUAGGCCCGUUAGAGGCAAGUUUCCCGAUAUUGAAUUUGAGCACCCGGAUUGUAUGCUCCUAGUUUUUCCUAAUCGAAUUGGUCGAUUUGACGUGAAUUAUAAGGAAUUGAGUUCUGGGAUUUCGGAGUUUUCUAAAUUGGAAUGGAAGGGGGAGCCGAAUUCGCUUAGUAAAGAGCAUGUGUGUUGGGAUAUAAUUUAUCGAACCGCUGAGGCGGUGAAAAAGCCAUUUACAGUGGGAGAUUGGUUUGCUAGUGAUCCAUUUCAGAGUAGUGGAGUUUGCAGUGAAGGUUCGUUUAAAGGUUUUACGGUUAGGGAAGUUGUUAGGAAGCGUAGAAGCGCUGUGGAUAUGGAUAGUGUUACUGUAAUUCAGAGAGAGACAUUUUAUCAGAUACUGUUACAUUGCCUUCCUUCGGGUUGUGGAAAUGGAGGGAAGCAAAGGAGACAGCUGGCAUUGCCAUUCCGGGCGCUUCCAUGGGAUGCUGAGGUGCAUGCUGUUUUGUUUGUUCAUAGGGUGGCAAGGUUGCCCAAGGGGUUGUAUUUCUUGGUGAGGAAUGAGGAUCAUUUCGAUGAGCUUAAGAACUCUAUGAGUGCUGAUUUUGCAUGGGAGAAACCAGAGGGAUGCCCUGAUAAUCUCCCUCUCUAUGAACUUGAUAGAUCUUCGUAUGACAUGCUUGCAAAACAGGUCUCAUGCCAUCAGGACAUUGCUAGUCAUGGCUGCUUUAGCCUUGGUAUGGUGGCUCGUUUCGAGACUACUUUGCGUGAGAAGAAUGCAUGGAUGUAUCCUCGAUUGUUUUGGGAAACUGGAGUUCUCGGGCAGGUAUUGUACCUUGAAGCACAUGCGGUUGGCAUCUCUGCAACUGGAAUUGGUUGUUACUUUGAUGAUCCUGUGCAUAGAAUCCUUGGGUUGAAAGAAUCAAACUUUCAGAGUCUAUAUCAUUUCACUGUAGGAGGCCCUGUCCUGGACAAGCGGAUUAUGAUCCUACCAGCAUAUCCAGGCCCCAAUACUGAUGCAUGAUUGCAGGGUUUAUAUAUGCUUCGAUAACAUUCAAGACCUUUUCUCAUAAUUGACUGGUAUUACAUCAAAGAGUUUUUACUUUGAUAGCUAUCCCCCAUUUGUCUUAGGUUUUUGUAUGAGACCUUGCCUGUAGUUAAGCAUCUUAAGGCCACCGUAAAUUGUGUAUAUUCUUUCAAUGGCUUUAGCCGCAUUACAUGGUAUUUGAUGUAAAGCUUAA